AUGAAAAAGCGAUCCUAUAGCAUCAUCCUCUACCCAUUGACAGUAUGCGCCUUGAUCCUGGUGGUCUUCUGGCAACAAACCAACACGCCAGACCCACUGCACUUUAUUUCUCCGAAAAUAUCCCCUGCAGCAUAUCCAGCAAAUCCAGCAAAUCAAUCACAGCAGACGAACGCCAACCCUGAUGCUCUCCGUCCAAGCAUACAGCUCCAUCCAGAAGACCACAUCCACCGCGCCCCGACAACGCAACAUCUAGACUGGACCGUAACAGCAGACGAUAUCCGUCCAGAUGGGGUGCUCAAGCGCGUCUAUUUAAUCAAUGGCCUCUUCCCGGGCCCAACAAUCGAAGCCCUAUCCGGCGACAAUCUAAUCAUAAAUGUCACGAAUGCACUCCAAGAUGUGCCCUUCACUAUUCACUGGCAUGGCCUCCACAUAACCAAUUCAAUGGACGGUGUAGCCGGCGUCACACAAUGUGCCAUCCCCCCAGGCUCAUCGUUCAUUUAUAACGUCUCCAUCCCGUCCGACCAGAGCGGUACGUUCUGGUAUCAUGCACAUGCAGGGCUAGCCCGCGCAGAUGGGCUCUACGGGGGUUUAGUCGUGCAUGCCCCGUCUGGGCCCAGCACAGCAUCGGAAGGAAUUCACGAUGCAAGUGAUAAAGAUAUGCUCAUCCUCAUCGGAGACUGGUACCAUCAGCCUGCGGGGGAGGUCCUGGAGUGGUAUAUGCAGCCGGCGUCGUUUGGGAAUGAGCCCGUCCCAGACUCUCUACUGGUCAACGGCGCAGGAAGAUUCAAUUGUUCAAUGGCAGUCCCUGCACGGCCUGUUGAUUGCGUUGAUCAGCAGUCAAUGAGUCUGCCGUAUUUGCAUCCUGGGGAUGAUACGUAUAGAGUACGGAUUGUCAAUACGGGAUCAUUGACAGGGCUCACCCUCACUUUUGAGAAUAUGGACGCGAUGCUCAUCGCAGUCGAUAGUAUCGCUGUUGAUCCACUAGACGCUGCUCAUCCCAGCUCGCUGGGCAUGCUGUAUCCGGGUCAGAGGAUGGAUGUUCUUCUUCGACGAUCUACUAGCGCGAGCACCGAUGGAGUGUCUGCAUCUGCGUUGAGAAUUGAUUUAGAUGAGGAGUACCUCGCCAUCCGCCACAACGCCCCCUACGGCUUCUUCAACGGCACGUCCUGGCUACCGCAGCGGGAACCGCGGGUUCCUGUCGCUGCGUUGUCUAGGGAGUUGUGGGAUGAGAAUCAGUUUGGGGUUAGCAUUUCUGGCCCUGGUUCUGGCGCGGAGGUAGAGCGGGAUGGAGACAGCGGAGAACAGUGGGUUGACCUCGUAGUCAAUAAUCUCGACGACGGCGGUCAUCCGUUUCAUUUGCACGGCCACCAUUUCUACAUCCUCAGCACACACGAAUCCCGCACAGGCUGGGGCUCCUUCAACCCCUUCAUCCCCCCAGAUUCCACCCCCUCAGAUCCCACCUCCCCAGAUCCCACCUCCCCCCCGGAACAACGAUAUGAUCUAUCCCAAGCCAUGCUCCGCGACACCGUGUACAUCCCGCGCCGCGGCCACGCCGUGCUGCGCUUCAAGGCGGAUAAUCCCGGCGUUUGGAUGUUCCAUUGUCAUAUAUUGUGGCAUUUGGGGAGUGGGAUGGGGAUGCUAGUUGAUGUUGGUUAUGAUCAAUAUAAUCGUACUUUGGGUGAUGGUGGGGUUUCAGGGGAGGUUUGUGUGGUGUGA